AGCCGGGCCCCGCCGAUGAGAGCCGCGUCCCCAGCGCCGGCUCCUCGGGCCCAGGUCCCGGCCGCGGCUCCGCCUUCUGCCGUGGCGGCUCCGGCGCCGAGGCAGCCAGGGCUGAUGGCCCAGAUGGCCUCGACCGCCGCCGGGGUCGCCGUGGGCUCGGCCGUGGGACACACCAUCGGCCACGCCAUCACCGGAGGGUUCAGUGGAGGGAGUGGCCACGAGGCUGCUCGGCCUGAUAUCACUUACCAGGAGCCCCAGGCAGCUCAGGCUGCCCAGCAGCAGCAGCAGGCUGGUCCUUGCCAGUACGAGAUCAAACAAUUCCUGGAGUGUGCACAGAACCAGACUGACCUCAAGCUGUGCGAGGGCUUCAGCGAGGUGCUGAAGCAGUGCAGGUUUGCUAAUGGUUUGGCCUAAGCCUGCAGGACAAGGCUGCUGAAGACCAUCUUUCAAGAACUGACCUAUGAAUGAAAAAAAAAAAGCUUCAAUAAUAAAGUUUAAAGCUGUCUGA